AUGGCUAAUUUAAUAUUAUUAGGGUUAACUCUCCGCACUUCGUUGCCAGUUCAAUCUCCCAUCGAAUUAGAGCAAACUGCCUUCAAUUUUCAUCAAGGUAAUCCGAAGAGCAUGGAAGCGAUCUCAAACUUGCCAUUGCCUGAUGCAUUCCUUGAAUUUCUCAACGAGAACGGAAUCGACCCUUCAAUUUAUACUGCCACUGAUUCUACACCUCGCUAUAUUAGAUUAAAGCCUGGAUGUGAGGAGCAACUUGAAGCAAUCGAAGCUGACAUCAAAUGUAAGCUAGAGAAAGUCGAAUGGUUGCCCAAUUUUUAUUCUUUACCACCCCACAUUCAGAUUGCUAGCUCAAAGUCAUAUCAAGAAGGAAAGAUAUAUGGAAUUGAUGCAGCAUCUGGAGCUGCAGUUUCAGCUUUAAACAUCUCACCUGGAGACCAUGUUCUUGAUCUUUGUGCUGCUCCAGGUGCUAAACUUUGCAUGGUGUUAGAACUUCUUGGAAACUCAGGCUCUGUAACUGGUGUUGAUGUGGCAAAACAUCGGUUAGCUGCUUGUAGAACUUUAGUCCAAAAAUAUAAACUUGGUGAUAAUUGUCGCCUCUUUGUAGCUGAUGGAGCUUCAUUUUCUUUAAUCCCAAUUCGUGUUCAUUCUGAUUUUAAAUCAGUGAACAGGGAAUUUGGUGUGGAAAAAGAUGAGUUUUUGUUCAAAGAGUGGACAUCUAGGAGGCCUUGGAAGGAAAGAAAAAGGGCAAAUAAGGAAAUCAAAAAUGGUUCUUUGGAAUUAGUUCAAGAUCCUGAGUUGAUAUAUUAUGGGAGGUGUUCUGGGGUUGUUGGAAUGAGUAAGAUUGAAUUAUUUCAAACUGUUUCAAGCCAUGAGAUUUCACAAUAUGGUUAUGAUAAGGUACUUGUGGAUGCUGAGUGCACACAUGAUGGUUCAAUUAAACACAUACAAAAGUUUGAAAAUUGGGGGUGGUCAACCAUGGAGAGACGUGUCUUGGAUGCAGAGAGAACCGAUGAUUUGACUGUUCUUCAGUUUCGGCUUUUGACAAAUGGUUUUAAACUAUUGAGAGUUGGAGGGAACCUUGUUUAUAGCACUUGCAGUUUAACUCAUGCUCAAAAUGAAGACGUUGUUGAGAGAUUUCUUUCUUUGAAUCCAUGUGCCGAGUUGUUGGUGAUCGAUGGUUCCGAAUCUUGGCCAUGCAAGAGUGGAAGGAUACCAAAGACUUUGCGUUUUGAUCCGUUGACUUCUAGAACAAGUGGCCUUUUUGUUGCCAAGUUCACAAAACUGGCAAAAGAUAAUAUAUGAUGAAGGGGUUGCAAUCUACACUCGCAAUUAGUGAGUGAUGUUCAUCUUGGGUCUUGCAAGUUGUGCCAAGUUUGAUGGUGUGCAGUUGAUAGUUGUACCACAAGCUUCAUAUACUUGUACCUUUCCUUGCUUGACCAAAAAUUCUCCAUGUUGUUCAUCAAAUUGUAGAGUAUAGCUUGAAUGACUUUGAAAGGUCAAAUUAACAAUAGAAUUAAGUAGUAAGUUAGUAUUUGAUAUAAUGGAGAAUCAUAAUAGCAUUUUUCAUCCAUUUGAUUUAGAAAAAUGAUUUGUUUUGUUCAAUGAAAUGGAAUCGAUAGGAUCAUGAUUUCUUUUAUUUUGUUAAACUUCAUAGCUUAGGCGGUAUAAAAUAUUUUAAUUUGUGUAACUUCCGAUGACAAUUUUUUAAGGGGUAAGAAAUAGUAAUAUUAGUUAGAAAAAAAU